AUGUUAUCAGCAUUCAAGUCUGGAUUUUCUCCACAAAGCCAUAUCAAUCCAAAGAUUCCUGCUGGUCUGUGGACCUUUUCCUAUCAUGGGAGGUUCAUGCAUGGUUACGGACAAUUUGGCGAAGCCCAAAAUCGCCACAUGGUCGACAUUGUACUCAAAAGUCAAGAACAAACCAACCAAGGCUCGACCAUUAAAAACAUGCAAUCAUUGAACGUCUGUACCAUACCACAGCGGUUCUGGCGAAAUUGA